GGCGGCGGCGCCAGGUGCGAGACUGCGCGAGCCGCUGCCGUCGCGGGCUGAUGCUGGCGGCGGAGCCGGCCGCUGCCGGCGGGGCCAUGUCCCAGCCCGAGGCGGAGCGGGCGGGCGGCGCGGCGGAGCCCGAGCCGGAGCCCGAGCCGGAGCCCGAGCCGGAGCCCGAGCCCGAGCCCCCCGGGCGGGCGCCGCAGCGCAGCCGCGGCCGGCGGCUCUCGGCCCGCUUCAGCCGCCGCAGCUCGGCAGAGCUGGAGCUGCUGGGCUACGCGGCGGCGGCGGGUCCGGGCCGCGCGGGGUCCGGGUCGCCGCCGCCCGCCACCCGCCGCCGGGAGCCCGAGGAGACGGAGAGCGAGGAGGUGGAGACGCGCGCCGUGGCCACCUCCCCCGACGGCCGCUUCCUCAAGUUCGACAUCGAGAUCGGCCGCGGCUCCUUCAAGACCGUGUACAAGGGGCUGGACACGGAGACCACCGUGGAGGUGGCCUGGUGCGAGCUGCAGACGCGGAAGCUGUCCAAGACGGAGCGGCAGCGCUUCAGCGAGGAGGUGGAGAUGCUGAAGGGGCUGCAGCACCCCAACAUUGUUCGCUUCUACGACUCCUGGAAGUCAUCCAUCAAGGGGCAGAUCUGCAUCGUGCUGGUCACUGAGCUCAUGACCUCCGGCACCCUGAAAACCUAUCUGAGGCGGUUCAAGGAGAUGAAGCUGAAGGUGCUGCAGCGCUGGAGCCGGCAGAUCCUCAAGGGGCUGCACUUCCUGCACACCCGCUCGCCCCCCAUCAUCCACCGCGACCUCAAGUGCGACAACAUCUUCAUCACUGGCCCCACCGGCUCCGUCAAGAUUGGCGACUUGGGCCUGGCCACGCUCAAGUGCGCCUCCUUCGCCAAGAGCGUCAUAGGCACCCCCGAGUUCAUGGCGCCGGAGAUGUACGAGGAGAAGUACGACGAGGCGGUGGACGUGUACGCCUUCGGCAUGUGCAUGCUGGAGAUGGCCACCUCGGAGUACCCCUACUCAGAGUGCCAGAACGCCGCCCAGAUCUACCGCAAGGUCACCUCGGGGCUGAAGCCCAGCAGCUUCUACAAAGUGAAGGUGCCAGAGCUGAAGGAGAUCAUCGAGGGCUGCAUCCGCAUGGACAAGGACGAGAGGUACACCAUCCAGGACCUGCUGGAGCACUCCUUCUUCCAGGAGGACACCGGGGUGCACGUGGAACUGGCCGAGGAGGACGACGGUGUCAAGUCGGGGCUCAAGCUCUGGCUGCGCAUGGAUGACACGAAGAAGCUGCACGGCAAGUACAAGGACAACAACGCCAUUGAGUUCCUCUUCGAGCUCUACAAGGACGUGGCUGAGGAGGUGGCUCAGGAGAUGGUGAUCCUGGGCUUCAUCUGCGAGGCCGACUACAAGCUGGUGGCCAAGGCGGUGCGGGACCGCGUGGUGGCCAUCAAGCGCAAGCGGGAGAAGCUGAAGCGGGCGCGGGAGGCAGCGCUGCGUGCCGAGCCGCAGCCGGAGCCGGAGCCCGUGCCGGGCGUGCUGCAGCUGCUGGAGGAGCUGAAGUCCCCGGGGACGCCGCGCAGCCCCGCCGCCUCCCCGGCCACCCCCGGCUCCGCUGACUCCGUCUUCGGCAGCGCCUUCCCCCCGGAGCCCGAGGAGCCGGAGGCCGACCAGCACCAGCACUUUGCCUACCGCCACGCCAGCUACUCCUCGGCCACCUCCGACGGCGAGACCGACGGCUACCUGAGCUCCUCGGGCUUCCUGGACUCGCCGCCGCCGCCGCCGCCGUGGGGGGACACGGCCGGGCCGCCGGCCGCCCGCCCCGCGCACCCCUUCCCCACGAGCGUGGCCGCGCGGCUGCCCGCCUCCGCCGGCGACGUCUCCUCGCCCGUGGACAGCUACGCCUCGGACGUGGCCUCCGGCCCCAGCGACGGCUGCGAGGGGCUCUCGGCCGGCGAGCGGGGCGCGCGGGCGCCGGGCCGGCGGCCGGCGGGGAAGCUGCUGCGGCGACGCGCCCGCUCCAGGCUGCGCAUCACCAACGUCUCCGACCAGAGCGACCGCGUGGUGGAGUGCCAGCUGCAGACCUACAACAACAAGAUGGUGACCUUCAAGUUCGACCUGGACGGGGACAGCCCCGAGGAGAUCGCGGCCGUCAUGGUCCGCAGCGAGUUCAUCCUGGAGUCGGAGCAGGACGGGUUCAUCCGCCGCCUGCGGGACAUCAUCCACCGCGUGGAGACCCUGCUGCGCAAGGAGGGGCACGCCGCCGCGCUGCCCGCCGGCCCCGCCGCCGCCAGCCCCGUCCCCGCAGACCUGCAGCUGCAGGAGCUCUCGCGCUCCGUCUCCUCGUCCUCGCUCAGCGGUACGUACCACGGUGCCCCGGCGCGCUCGGGCCCGCCAGCGCCGGCGCUCACCGCCCUCCCCGCAGACCUGGGCUGCAUCAGCCCCAGCCUCUCGCUGCCCUCGCCGCCGCUGCCCUCGCCGAGCAGCUCCCCAUCGGAGAGCGACCUCGCCAGCCCCACCGAGCCGCUGGCAGCAGACGCCCCCGGUGUGGUGGCACGGACCUGGGCCCCGGCUCCGGCGUGGCCGGCGGCAGCUCCAGUGUCCCCACCGCCCGCCCCUGACAGCCCAGGGGGGCCGGCCGCGCCGGCCCCACCGCUGGCCCUCCCGUCCCUGCCGCCAGUGCCGGGGGCGCCCGGCAGCCCCCCAGCUCCACCCUGGGCCCCCAGCGCCCCACUACUCUCCCUGGCCAACGUCUUCUCGCUGGCAGUGAUGAGCGUGGCCCACACGCUGCUGCCCGCCGUCUCCUCUGUCGCCGGCUCGGGCGCCCGCCUCUACCCGCCGCUGCUGCCUCGGCCCCAGAGUUUGGCUCUUGCAUCACCGCACUUCACCUACCCCGCUGCUGCCCCGGUGCCGGCGGGGACCGGUGGUCCUGCUGGUGAGGGCCCCGUGCCGGCACCGGCCCCUCUGGGCACUGAGGCCCCAGCAAGUCCCCUGCCGCCGCCACUGAGCCCCUCGGUGCCGGGCAGGGUGCAAGGCAGUGUGGUGCCGCUCGGCUCCCCCAAGCCCGGCCACCAGCUCAUCGUUUCAGAGUCGCCGGCCGCCGGGGCGCCCAAGCCCCAGCUCUCGCCCAUCAACGAAGAAGCCAGGCCCCAGAUCCUGGGCCGGUUCCAGGUGAUGCCAUCCCGGGACCCGGCCGAGAGCUCCCCGCCGCCGGGCCACGAUGGCAGCGAGCCAGCUGGCCGGGAGCCCUGGGAGCCAACGGCCAGCGGCUCCCCGCUGCCCGCGGCCCCCGCUGCUGAGGGCAGCACGAGCAGCGACUCGGACUCCGUGCUGGAGACGGUGGUGCAGGAACCCGAGGCUGAGGAUGUGCUGGCGGAGGAGGGCACACCGGUGGCGCCGCCGGAGAGCGACCGGGAGGGCCCUGGGGAGGAGGGCGCAGAGAGCACGUCCCAGGCGGUGCUGAGCCAGGUGUGGCUGAGCUGCUCCCGCAGCAUGUCCUACCUGAGCAGCGAUGACACUGAGAGCGAGGAUGAGGAGAUCUGGGAGGAGCUGCAGAAACUGCGGCAGAAGCACCUCGCCGAAGUGCAGCUGCUGCAGAGCGCCCAGAAGAAGGAGAUCGAGGAGCUGUACCUGCGCAUGGGGAAGCAGCCGCCACUGGGCAUCGUCUCCCCCGCAGCCAUGCUCUCCAGCCGCCAGCGCCGCCUCUCCAAGGGCAGCUUCAACCCAUCGCGCCGCAACAGCCUGCAGCGCCUGGAGCUGGCGCAGCCCGCAGGUAUCGCGGGGCCUGUGCCGGGCGCAGCUCGGUGCCCUCACCCCUGCGUCGCCCCGCUCAGCGCCAUCUGCCCCUGCAGGAAUCAUGCGUCGAAACUCGCUGAGCGGCAGCAGCACUGGCUCCCAGGAGCAGCGACUCAGCAAGGGGGUGACCUUUGCUGAAGACUUUGGUCGGAUGUAGCUGGCCGGCCAGGAGUGAUUUUGCAUCUACCUCAACCAAGUGCCUGCUGCCCUGGAGGGCAGGCAAGAGCCCUCAGCGUCUCCUGGGACGAACGUGCCGGGCCUGGGGAGAAGCUGCCUCCCUCACGUGGGGCUGGGUGUGCUCACACUCCGCAGAGGAGCCCAGCUGCCCCCCACCAGGCUGGUGGGGAGGUCAGGGCCACGUCCCGGGCUGCCCCUUCUUCCCUGCCGUUCUGGCUGCCUUUGCCCCGCAGGACCUGCUGUGGAGUCCUGGCCCCACAACAAGCGCAUCCCACCGCAUCCUGCCGCCGAUGAUGUCCCAUUGCCUCGCUACUUCCUCCUGCUCAGCCCAGGCUCCGUCAGGCGUACCCAACCCUGGCUGCAGGAAGGGCGCAGGUUGCCUCUGGCCCUUAUGGCCUCGCUCGCUUCUCGCUUUUCCUGAGUGGAGCCAGUGGUGUGCAGCCCACCCGCCCGGCCACUGCCAUCCCUUGGGGGCAGAACCACCCCCCCCCGUGCCCCCGUCGCAUCGAGUCCCAGCCGCCUGCCCCGCUCUGCCCUCAGCACUGCUCCGGCCCCACACUGCGUUAGACGAUGCGUGCCUGUCCUGCGCCAGGCAUAGCUCACCCUGAUGCGUGCCUGUCCUGCGCCAGGCAUAGCUCACCCUGAUGCGUGCCUGUCCUGCGCCAGGCAUAGCUCACCCUGCUGCCCUCUGUGCUGCCGCCUCCCAGGCUGAUACCGUCCUGGCUGUGCCCCCGCCUUUUCAGAUGCUUUGAGUAGCUGCGAAUGAAGCUGGCUGGAAAGUGGGAAGAUGCUUCCCUCAUCCAUGUAACAUGUUAGAGCCCAGUGUACCAGGAGCAGUAGCUGGUGCAUUUUGUUAUGAACUGAUGUCUGGAAAAUGUUUUCAUAAAGACAAAUUGAAAACAAA